GUAGGUCUUCGCGAAGGAGCACAGGCGUUCGGCUACUUCACAGAGCGACAGAUGAUCCGAUCCACCCUUGCCCUGUGUUUCCUCCUUGCCACUUGGCUCGCCGCCGCAGCCCUCGGUCUCGGCGAGCGACUCGGCGCUAAGGAGUGCGAGGACUUAGGGUUCACGGGUCUCGCCCUCUGCUCCGAUUGCAACACCCUCGCCGAGUACGUCAAGGAUGAAGAAUUGGUAUCGGAUUGCCGCAAAUGCUGCUCAGAGGAUUCCAAUGAUUCCAUAAGCAAGGUUACAUUCUCCGGUGUAAUUUUGGAAGUAUGCAUGAGGAAAUUGGUAUUCUAUCCUGAAGUCGUAGCGUUCAUAGAAGAAGAAAAAGAUGAAUUCCCAUAUGUCAAAGUUCAAUAUGCUUAUGCAUCUCCUCCAAAACUUAUCAUGCUGGAUGGUGAGGGUAAUCAAAAGGAAAUCAUAAGAAUAGACAACUGGAAACGUGAACACAUUCGACAGUUCCUAACAGAAAAAGUGAAGCAUGGUGUAGCUGCAUCCUGAAGGUUCGGUGUUGUUUAAACAACGUCAGAGAUAUGCAUCUUAUCUGAAUACAUAUCACAUGUAAUCAUGCUAUUUGGGUGUUAACAGACUUGCUACGAUGGGCAUUGAUGCUUCAUUCACCAUCUAAAUGUGUGUUUCAACAAUUAGGCACAUAAGAUUUCUUGUCUUUUUAUUUUUAUUUUUAUUUGGAGUAUGAAUGAAUGACAUUGGAAAAUAUACGAGUAAUGUUUUAGAUUUUGAAGCUUUUGUUCAGUUUUUA